UAUCACUUACGUCUGGUUUUCUAAGAAGCUGAAGUUUGAGAGCUUUAGGAACUUCAGAAGUGACUCUCACGUCAGCGUGCCAUGGAGGUCCAGGAUAACUGCCACUAUUCCCCAUCUCAGCUUUUUUACCACAGCUCAUGCAUGCCUUCACCUGAAGGUUCUGAAUUCAUUGACAACUUUGAACAGAGGUUUGCAGCUUUGGCUGAUUUUCAGGGCUCGGAUGAAGAUGAGCAUGUGCGGGCUCCCAGUGGUCAUCACCAAGCUGGCCACUGUCUCAUGUGGGCUUGUAAAGCUUGCAAGAGGAAAUCGAAUACGGUGGACCGCAGGAAGGCAGCCACUAUGAGAGAAAGGAGAAGGCUCAAGAAAGUCAAUCAAGCUUUUGAAACCCUCAGGCGGUGCACCUCGGUCAACCCCAAUCAAAGGCUUCCUAAAGUGGAGAUUCUUCGCAAUGCCAUCCAGUACAUUGAGGGCCUGCAGGAUCUCCUGAGAGAGCAAGUGGAGAAUUAUUACAGCCUGCCAGGCCAGAGCAGCUCUGAACCAGGGAGCCCCACUUCCAACUGCUCAGAUGGAAUGAUGGAGUGCAACAGCCCGGACUGGCGUUCGAGGAGCAACAGUUAUGGCAGUUCUUACACUUCAGAGAUGCAGAAUGAAUGCCCCAGUGAGAGAGGCCCCGCCGUGUCCAGUCUGCAAUGCCUGUCAAGUAUUGUGGAGCGUCUUUCCUCCUCGAACGCCGGGGUAUUGGCCAGCAGAGACGUCAGCACUCUGUCACUGACCUGCACUGACUCCCAGCCCAGCACCCCGGGGGCAUCCCCCUCAAGGCCAGUGUACCAUGUGCUGUGAGGCAAAAAAACAAAAUAAAAUAAAAUAAAGCCAAGGCCAACAAAAAGAAAGUGUUCAAUCUGCACAAAAAUAAAGCAAGCAGAGUGGAAGAAGAAAUGCCACCAUGCCUGCUUUUAAGUUCAUGUAAAUAAAAGAUCUCAUUCUGAGUGUAAAUAUUUAAAGAUGUCAUUCCAGGUUCAACUUCUUCUUUUCCUUUGAGCCAUAUUUAAAUUUCUUCAGUUAUCACAGUUCUAUUGUAUUUUAAAGUAAUAAUAAAUUGUAUUUAAUUCA